UGCCACUGGUCCUUCUACUACGAGUACAGAUUCUACAUUGAGAUUUGAGAGAGAGGGAGAGAGAGAGAGAGAGAGUAGAAGCACUGAAGCAGAGUCUGUGUUGUUCUUCUACUACAUUACAUGAACCUACUUGGCUACUUGCAUCAAAGUUAAUAAUAAGGAGCUCACAGUCUUCGAUGCAGAAGGCCGCCAUGUGCUUGCUGUAAAUAUCACUUCCUCAAAUUCAAAGGUUACCGCCGCUUAGAUCUCCUCUACAGGUUCGUUUUUUCUGUUGUUGAGAUUUUCAUCUGCUCUUCACGGAUUGGUCUCUAACAGACGGACUACUGAUCACAAACUCAGCGUCCUUUCUUCUUUCAUGUCCUCUGUCCCCCUUCCUUUUUUUGUUUUAUUUUUUGUUUGGUUUUUGGUAUGCAAACUGCAGUCCCCUGUCUUUGUUUCAUGGUGUUUCUGCUGAACUAGUUCGAUAAGCAACUUUUCCGUGAACACGCUCUUUUGGGUAUCCGAGGCGGGUCUUCGGCCAUCUCUUACAUUUUUUUCUUCUCCUACAGAGCUUCUGCUUCUUUUCUCCUCUGAAUUUAUGGACACCCAAUGUUUUCUUGAGAACGAAAGCUCUCGGGAUAUUACUGAAGUAUUUUGCUGCCUUUCAUCUCCUGCUUCGUAGUUCUUGCCCAGCCUGAUUAACGAUCCAGUGGUGGGAACUGGGAACGGGCAACCACUCUUCCGAAUGUAUGAAGUAGUAAGACUAUUUUCAGUUUGUUAUCAUGUGUUUCUUUCUUCAGCUUUCUCCCAGAAUUCACGAAAAACAAAACACAUCGGCUAAAAACCAUUCUGUGGACCAAGAAUCUUAUCGAUAUUACUUGCAAUAUAAUUCUUUCUGACACAGAACCCAGAUUUCCCGUCUUCAUGAUGCUCCCACAUCAUUCAUGUUUUUAUUUCUAGGCUAUUAGUUCUCUCGCCUUGUUUUUUUGGGUUCAUUCUUACUUCCUAAGGCUGCUAAGCAAAACCAGAACUUCGUUGUUGCUGGACUUUUCCUUGGUCAAAUGACACCUUAUACCUUGUUUCUAACGGUAUGUCUUCCAUUGUUUUUCUUCAUCCCUGCUACUCAUCAAUUGCAAACCUCCCAAAUCGAAGUUCUACGGCAGCUUAGGAAACGCUUGGAAUACCCAAAAGCAAUGGAAGCUUGGAACAACAGCGGAGACCUAUGCUACUUGCCGCCUUCUCCACAGUUGACGAUUGUAUGCCAAGACAAUUCUGUCACCGAGCUCAAGAUCAUGGAUGAUAGGCCGGCCAAUUUUAGUAACUUCCAAGGAUUUGCAGUUGCUAAUCAGACUCUAUCUGAGGCUUUUUCUAUGGAUUCUUUUGUCACAACUCUGUCCAGGUUGACCAAUUUGAGAGUUCUUUGCUUAGUAUCUCUAGGGAUUUGGGGCCCACUUCCGGACAAAAUCCACCGCUUAUAUUCGCUUGAACUUCUUGAUUUGAGUUCAAAUUUUCUAUUUGGUUCGAUUCCUCCAAAGAUUUCUGCCAUGGUAAAGCUGCAAAUUUUGACAUUGGAUGACAAUUUUUUCAAUGAUACUGUUCCAGCUUGGUUUGAUUCCUUGUCAAAUCUGUCGAUUUUGAGCUUGAAAAGCAACCAGUUGAAGGGUCAAUUCCCUUAUUCAAUUUGCAGAAUUAAGACACUCACUAGUCUUGCUUUGUCUCAUAAUGAUAUUUCCGGUAAAUUGCCUGAUAUGGGUGGCCUAGAGAAUCUGCGCAUGUUGGAUUUGCGGGAGAACCGGUUGGAUUCCGAAAUACCUGUGUUGCCCAGAGGAUUGGUCACAAUUUUACUAAGCAAUAACUCCUUCUCCAGUAAGGUUCCUCUACAAUUUGGUGAACUUCGUCAGCUUCAACAUCUUGAUCUGUCAUUUAAUUUGCUGGAAGGAACACCACCUGCAGAACUUUUUGCAUUGCUGAAUAUCAGUUAUCUGAAUUUGGCAUCCAACAUGCUGAGCGGUUCACUUCCUUCCAGCCUAAGUUGCGGUAGCAAGCUUGGGUUUGUUGAUAUUUCCAAUAAUAGAUUGACAGGUAGUUUACCUUCUUGCUUGAGCUCUUCAUCGGAUAAGAGAGUUGUUGAAUUUGGUUGGAAUUGCUUAGCUGUUGAUCUUCGACACCAGCAUCCAGAGUCACAUUGUAAGGACAUCCACGUGAAGGGGAAAGGGUCUGGGGGCCAAAAUGUGGGAGUGUUGGUUGGUAUUAUUGGAGGGCCUGUAAUUAUUGUGUUAGUUUUGGCAUUUGGGUUUUUCGUUUUGUGUAGAAGACACUGCCCAAGAGGGAUAUCAGAGCAGCACUUAUUGCCAAAGGCAGUCCCAGAUAGCACACCAGCAGGAUUCUCCCCUGAUCUCCUUGCAAACGCAAGACUUGUUUCUCAAACGGCAAAGCUAGGCACACAAGGUAUACCGGUAUAUCGGGUCUUCUCUUUAGAAGAAUUAAAGGAAGCCACCAACAAUUUUGAUCUUUCAACAUUAUUGGGUGAAGGUUCAACAGGAAAGGUCUACAAAGGAAGAUUAGAGAAUGGAGCCAAUGUUGCUAUUAGGUGUUUAACAUUGUUUAAGAGAUACCCAAUUCGGAAUCUUAAACUCCGGUUGGAUUUAAUUGCAAAGCUUCGACACCCACAUUUGGUUUGCCUUUUGGGACACUGCAUUGAUUGUGCUGGACAAGAUGAUGGCUCAGUCAACAGAGUCUUUCUGAUUUAUGAGAAUGUGGCUAAUGGAAGUCUUUGCACUCAUCUCUCAGAAGAUGAUCCAGGGAAAGUUCUUAAAUGGUCUGAGAGAUUGGCGGUCCUAAUUGGCAUUGCAAAGGCAGUGCAUUUCCUACACACGGGGAUAAUUCCUGGUUUUUUUAACAACCGAUUAAAAACAAAUAAUAUUUUGCUUGAUGAGCACCAAAUUGCAAAGCUAAGUGACUAUGGCUUGUCCAUUAUCACAGAAGAAAUUGACAAGCAUGAGGCGAAGGGAGAAGGCCAGAAAUGUCAUGGGACAAAGUUAGAGGAUGAUGUGUACAGUUUUGGGUUUAUAUUACUAGAAGCACUUGUGGGACCUUCAGUAUCUGGAAGAGAAGAAGCAUUUUCACUCAAUGAAAUGGCAUCAUUUGGCAGCCAGGAUGGUCGUAAAAGAAUGGUGGACCCAGUUGUCCGCGCCACUUGUUCAGAAGAAUCAUUAUCAAUUGUUAUCUCCAUAACAAACAAAUGCAUAUCCCCAGAAUUGUCAAGCCGUCCCUCUUUUGAAGAUGUCCUUUGGAACUUACAGUAUGCAGCUCAGGUCCAAGCAACAGCAGAUGGAGAUCAAAGAUCAGAUGUUGCUUUGCAGACAUAAAUGUUUGUCCGCAGAGCUAGGCCUUAGCAACAUCACCAUUCAUUUUAGAAUCCCUAUACCUAUUUGGAGACUGAAGGUACAUAUAUCAUGUUUAUGGGGUUCUACAAAUAUAUAAUUGUUCCCUGUAUUUGAGCCUCUUAUAGUACUUUGCCUUCUUAUUAUUUACCUCCUUUCUGGAAUGUAUCCUUGUUUAUACCAAGUCUUCUUCUAUACCAGCAAUUUUCACUGUUGGGGCUUGUAUUCACUAUUGAAAAUAAUUAAGUCUUGGACUCUCCAUGGUACCUUUUUUUUAUCAGAAAAAUGGUUAGUCCCUACUGUAAUAGUCAUUGAUCAUACAGUGACUCGAUGUAAGUUUCAACUCUUAUUAGUAAGAUUAAUAGAAAUACGAAGUACAUGUGAAAGUUUGAUGCA